UACCGCACAGUUAUCAUUCGAAUCAUUGGAAGGUUAUGCUGAAGAGAGCCAGCACGUAUGAGGUCGCUCAGCAGUACGAUGGGUACAGAAAGAAGUUGAAAGACGAUGCUCAUUUGGCGUAUCAGGGUAAGGCCGGGUCCAUGAUUUUAAAGCAUCUAACAGAGCUUCACGACUUGUUUGCAAACGUGAAGAGUUCUUCCAAAAUGGCUGUUUACCACUCUGAUUCCCAGGCGUUGAGUGAAACAUCAGCGUACGCAUCCAUAAAUGCCAGGAAUCUCAAGUUCGGUGAUUUGGGGGUAGCGUUAAACUCAGAAGAAUUUGUUCACAAACUCAAGUUGUAUUUGGGAAGAACUAAGCAAGAGCCACAGGAGGAAACAGAAGAGGAAUAUGUGGAUUCCAACCUCAUGGAAGAGAAGUUCAACGGUUUCAGCUGGUUGAAGUUAGGUCUCUUAUACUACAAAACCAGUAACAAACCAAUACCAAUGGAGUUUUUAAAUGGGCCUUUGGAGUCUGAAAAAAGAGUGAUUAAUAGAAGCCGUCGAGUCGAUGACACCCGUGGGUUGACCCUGACCACCGCUCAGCAGGUGACUGCAAAUGACCUAGAAACUGAUACACAAAACACUGCUACGAUAGUACGGUCGGUAUUUGCUGAGAUCCGAAAAAAGCAGAAAGGAAAUUCUGAUGCCAUUAACUUCUUCAAGUUCUUCAUUGAUCCUACGUCUUUCUCACAGUCGGUUGAAAACUUGUUCUUCACGAGUUUCUUGAUCCGAGACGGGAGGUUGAGACUCUUUAAAGAUGGUAAUGGAAUCCCUAUGAUCACAAGUGUGGGUAUUGCUUCUCCAGGAGAUCUUAUGCAUGAGGAAAGAGGUGAGAAAAACUCACAUCACAUUGCAUCUUUUGACUAUUUUACAUGGCAGACUCUUAUAGAGAAGUAUAACAUAACCGAAGGGUACCUUGGUCAUAGAGAUGUUGAAGGUGAAGUCUGGGACCAGGCAGAUGAUGAUGAUGAUGAUGAUAAUGAAGAUGAUGAUGAAGAUGCUGAUAAUGAUGAAGAUGAAGCAAACCAGCUGUCCACCCCCAGACCCGAUUUCCACGAGGAUGAGGAUAUUGAAUGAUUAGGAUGGAUAACUAGCCACCAAGGUAUGAUACUAGUUACCUCACACCAUUGUAUAUUACUGUAUAUCCGUUAACUACGUUUUCAAUUAAAAUAUUUACAGGGUACCGCUAACAUUGGUGUCUAUUUACAUGUCACUUCGUUUACUUCGUCUUCCAGAACCUUGAUCCACCCAUCAACCGUUAAUAAUUCGUUCAUGGGCCAUUUUCGAAUGGGCAACACGCUCAUGUCAGUCUUAAUCUUAAGGUUCUCGAAUAUAUCGAUUCCUGCCACCCCAAUCAUAACUGCAUUGUCGGUGCACAAAGAGAUAUCCGGAAAGUGGAAGGAGAAAGAAUCGGGCUCUGCUCCUAAAAGUUUGGUGUUAAGGCCCUUUUGUAGUAACUUCCUGAAUGUUUUAUUGGAUGCUACUCCACCUGAAAACACCAAAUCUCGUACACCUUGGAACUUAGAAUCUCCUUUGGUUCUGAUGGUUUCCACCACUCCAUGCUUCUCUAGAGCUACGUUCACUCUGUCGAUAAU